CCUUCUCGCCACACAGACGUCUUCAAAGCAGCACAGCGCGACACACGCAGCUUUGAUAUAAUUGUACACUUGGAAAUUGACUUUUGUUAUCGUUUCGACGCAACAGCCAUGGCACCCACACAGCAGUCUUCCGUCUUCGCCGAAAACAAUAGUGAAAUUGCCACGAAAACUACAAGCGACUCUACAAACAUUGUCCACAGCAUAAAAAAGGAAAGUCACAGCAGCAACAGUAGCAGUAGCAUUAGCAGUACAAGCAGCAAUGAAGCCAACGACAGACUCCUCGGGAUGUCACAGUCGUCACAGGAAAUGCUGCUACCUAUCACUACCAGGGAACACUUUUUCCGUGACGCCUUCUUUCGAGACGCCCGCCAGCACUUCGAAGGGGCUGUGACAAACGUGCUCGACGAAUGGGGCCGUAGAUCGAGUGUGCCGGAUGACCUAACCAACUACAGGAUGCUACGGAAGGCUGAUCUCAGCGAGAACAGUCAGGCCGUCACAGUCACUGAGGACAGCACGUGCCACAAGGUGGUGAUAGACGUCCAUGACUUCAAGGAUGGAGGUGUGUCAGUGAAGGUGGUGGACGAGGACCAGGUGGUAGUAGAGGGCAGCAUGGAACAGCAGAAUGGAGGAUCAGUGUCCAAGAAAAGUUUUCGCCGCAGCUUCGAAUUCCCCGGACUGGUUCAGGGUGCAGGCGUCGCCUCCACCUUGUCCACUGACGGCAUCCUCACCAUAACAGUGCCUAAGAACAUCACACAACUUACUGACAUCAACAUUCAGAGGUCCAGCAGCAAAGCAAACAGAGCAGCAGAAACCACUGAAGUGUCAGCUGAGUCUGCCCACCAGACUUCAGAGACACAGUCACAAAAAGCAUCAGCAGUAGCCUCCAGUAAGACAAUACACAAGAAUUCUCUUACCAAAGAUUCAAAGGCAGUCCAUCAAGCAACCAGUGGAACCAACUCCACAACAGAAUCAACUUGCAAGAAGUCAGUGUGUGAGAAUGCCUUCCCAGUUCAACCCUCUGACCUUCUCCUGCCCAUUUCUCACAGUGGACCUUUCUUCCAAGACACAUUCUUCACUCAAGCUCACCAGGAGUUUGAGGAGGCCAUGAAGAAGGUAUUGAACACAGUGGGGGAGUCUCCCAGAGCUGAUGUUAUGACCUCUUACAGGAGUCUGAGGGAACAAAACUUGACAGAAGAGAACCAGGCAGUGUCUGUUACUGAAGACUGUCACCAGCACAAGGUGGUGAUUGAUGUCAAAGAUUUCACUGCUGGGGACUUGAAGGUGAAGGUGAUAGAUGAGGAUCAAGUGGUUGUGGAGGGCAGUGUGGAGCAGCAGAAUGGAGAAUCAUUGUCUAAAAAGACUUUCCGCCGCAGCUUCAACUUCCCUGGGCUGGUCAAGGCAGCUGACAUUACCUCCACCAUGUCAUCUGAUGGCAUCCUCACUAUAACUGUGCCAAAGAAGGAGACUGCUGCAAAACUCAUAGAUAUCAACAUUCAGAGGUCCAGCAGCAAGGCAAAUGGAACAGCAGAAACCACUGAAGUGUCAGCUGAAUCUGCCCACCAGACUUCAGACACACAGUCACAAAAAACAUCAUCAGUGGCCUCCAAUGAAACAACACACAAGAACUCUCUCACCAAAGACUCAAAGGCAGUCCAUCAAGCAACCAGUGGAACCAACUCCAGGACAAAAACAACGUGCAAGAAGUCAGUGUGUGAGAAUGCCUUCCCAGUUCAACCCUCCGACCUUCUGCUGCCCAUUUCUCACAGUGGACCUUUCUUCCAAGACACAUUCUUCACUCAAGCUCACCAGGAGUUUGAGGAGGCCAUGAAGAAGGUAUUGAACACAGUGGGGGAGUCUCCCAGAGCUGAUGUUAUGACCUCUUACAGGAGUCUGAGGGAACAAAACUUGACAGAAGAGAACCAGGCAGUGUCAGUUACUGAAGACUGUCACCAGCACAAGGUGGUGAUUGAUGUCAAGGAUUUCACUGCUGGGGACUUGAAGGUGAAGGUGAUAGAUGAGGAUCAAGUGGUUGUGGAGGGCAGUGUGGAGCAGCAGAAUGGAGAAUCAUUGUCUAAAAAGACUUUCAGCCGCAGCUUUAACUUCCCUGGGCUGGUCAAGGCAGCUGACAUUACCUCCACCAUGUCAUCUGAUGGCAUCCUCACUAUAACUGUGCCAAAGAAGGAGACUGCUGCAAAACUCAUAGAUAUCAACAUUCAGAGGUCCAGCAGCAAGGCAAAUGGAACAGCAGAAACCACUGAAGUGUCAGCUGAAUCUGUCCACCAGACUUCAGAGACACAGUCACAAAAAACAUCAUCAGUGGCCUCCAAUGAAACAACACACAAGAACUCUCUCACCAAAGACUCGAAGGCAGUCCAUCAAGCAACCAGUGGAACCAACUCCACGACAAAAACAACGUGCAAGAAGUCAGUGUGUGAGAAUGCCUUCCCAGUUCAACCCUCCGACCUUCUGCUGCCCAUUUCUCACAGUGGACCUUUCUUCCAAGACACAUUCUUCACUCAAGCUCACCAGGAGUUUGAGGAGGCCAUGAAGAAGGUAUUGAACACAGUGGGGGAGACUCCCAGAGCUGAUGUUAUGACCUCUUACAGGAGUUUGAGGGAACAAAACUUGACAGAAGAGAACCAGGCAGUGUCUGUUACUGAAGACUGUCACCAGCACAAGGUGGUGAUUGAUGUCAAAGAUUUCACUGCUGGGGACUUGAAGGUGAAGGUGAUAGAUGAGGAUCAAGUGGUUGUGGAGGGCAGUGUGGAGCAGCAGAAUGGAGAAUCAUUGUCUAAAAAGACUUUCUGCCGCAGCUUCAACUUCCCUGGGCUGGUCAAGGCAGCUGACAUUACCUCCACCAUGUCAUCUGACGGCAUCCUCACUAUAACUGUGCCAAAGAAGGAACAACAGGAAGAGGUUCAAGUAUUUGCCUGCAACUCCAAGAUGGUGAAUGCUGAAAAUACCAGUUCAAAAUUGGUGAAGGAAAGCAAUUCUAAGACAUCAGUCUCCACUGAAGCUGCAGUUGAUACAAAGAAACAGGUGACUAGCAGUGCAACUUGCAGUGAUAAAUGGGAAACUGAUAGUAAUUAUUCUGUAGAAUCAACAAAGAUUCUACAGAAUGGGCAUCUGAAUGCCAAGAGGUCAUCCUGGGAGCUGGACUCCCUCCUCCCCGUGUUUCCUAAAGGACCAUUCUUCCACGAUUCUUAUUUUAAGGAAUCUUGGCAUCACUUUGAUGUAGCAGUGAAGGAGGCCCUAAGCAGGCUUGGUCACAAGGAAACUCAAACAGAUGACUUCUCCCUCUACAGGAAUCUACGCACAAGUGACAUGACUGACCAUAGUCAGGCAGUCAAGGUUACAGAAAAUGAGCAAGUUCAUCAGGUGGUGCUCGAUGUGCACGACUUCCUUGGAGGUGACAUCAAAGUCAAGGUUGUUGGGAGGAGUGACGUGCAGGUGGAAGGGAGGAUAGAGCAGGAAGAAGGAGGUAGUGUAACGGUGCAAAGCUUCCGCCGAAGCUUCCAUCUUCCCGGUGUGGUUGACGUUGAUGCUGUGACAUCUGCCCUGUCUUCCGAUGGUGUCCUCACCAUAAAGGCUCCCAAAGGUGCUUCAGGAGCCAGCAAGGGAGGCUGCUGAGGCAGGUGGCUAUCUGAGCAGUAGUAAGAGGAAGUGCUUAUCUAAAUCAUGCAUUCAGUCCCAUGUUAUGAUUAACGUUCCUGUAAAAAUUAGUGCGUUGUUGAAUAUUUCUUGUUAAUUGUUUAAUCAUUUAUAUAUUUUGAUACAAAUUAUUUAUGAAAUAAAUUUAUAAUAAUUGCAA